AUGACGUUGGGAGUCGCGUUGACUUUGUUACUCCUUACAUCGAUAUUGAACUUAACCCAGGCCGGACACGGAGGAGGAAGCCAUAAACAUGUGGUGAUUCACGUACCGUAUAAAAUCAAGCAUAUUUACCAUACUCAUACGAUUACGAAACAUGUACACCACGGAGGAGGAGGAGGUGACAAAUACGAAGUUUUGGGUUACACUGUGGGUCAUCCGAUCGAUUUGGGAGGUCACGGAGGUCACGGAGGUGGAGGAGGAGGUGGUGGACACGAUUUCGGUGGAGGUGGUGGCGGACACGACUUCGGUGGUGGACAUGAUUUCGGUGGUGGAGAUUAUGGAGGUGGCCAUAUCGAAGUUGGAGGAGGUGGAUACGGCGGGGGUGGUGGAUACGGAGGGGGAGGAGGAGGCCACGGUGGAUGGGAGGAAAGUGGAGGUGGAUACGAACUCGGUGGUUAUGGUGGUGGUGGUGGUGGUGGUGGUGGUGGUGACUGGAGUGGUCACUGA